GAUGCGCAUGUCGCUGAAAAUGUGGUAUCUCCUCUUUCUCCUGUGUAUAACAAAAGUUUUAUCGAGUGAUGAAAAUCCCAGUGUGAUUAUCAUCGGCGCGGGAUCAGCUGGCAUCGCGGCAGCUUCGAAAUUACUUGAAAAUGGAAUCAACGAUGUUACGAUUCUGGAAGCACAAGACCGGAUUGGGGGCAGAGUGUACAGUACAAAAAUGGGAGAGUACGUGAUAGAUAUGGGAGGACAGUGGGUUCACGGAGAGGAAAAGAAUGUUGUUUAUGAGAUGGCGUGGCCUCUUGGUCUUUUGACGCACCGCAAUGGCCCUAAUGAUGGGUCGUCUUUUUUCAAUGUGGGCUUUCAAACUCUGGCACGGACACUAGGAUCGGAAGAAGAUGCUGCCUUAAUGAUGCGGAAUACUUGGAGUUCUGUACAGUAUUUUGGAUCAUCCGGGGAAAGAGUAGAUGGUGAAAUUGCUCAAGACAUUACUUCUUACUUCUUCAACAUCACAUCAGAGUGGCCAGGAGUGGAUGAUUCGAAGAGGGAGUCUGUUGGUGAAUACUUGGACACCAAGUUCAACGAGUAUUUUGAUCAGCACAAGGAUAUUCCCGAUAAUCUGAAGAAACCGUUGAUGAAUAUACUACACCAGGCACAAAUGGCUAUUAACGGCGCUGAAGAUUUGUAUCAAGUAUCCGUGAAGGUUGAGAGGGAUUACUUUGAGGAAGGCGAUAGACUCAUCAAUUGGAAAGAGAAGGCAUACGGGACUAUCUUAGAUAUAUUAAUGAAAAAGUAUCCGAACCCCGAAGAAGAGCUGCCCGUAAUGAACAAGACUUUGUUGAAUAAGAAAGUUUUGAAGAUUGAAGCUGGAGUUGACGGACCAGUUAACGUGAAAACUUCCGAUGGAAAUGAGUAUACGGCGGAUUACGUAAUAUUCACACCGUCAUUGGGAGUCCUGAAGGCGAAUCAUAAGAGUUUAUUCGAGCCAAAUCUGCCACCCAACAAAAUCAAUGCAAUAGAAAAUAUAGGUAUGGGCCAUGUCGGAAAAAUUUACUUAUUCUACGAUGAUCCCUGGUGGUCGAGUGCCCUCGAUACCUUCUAUAGAUCAAUACUUUGGUUCGAAGAUGAUAAGAAAGCACUAGCGAGUGAUCCCGAAAGGAGAUGGAUGCUAUCGGUCUAUUCAGUAAACCGAAUAGAGUGGAAGCCCAAGGUCAUAUGUCUCUGGAUGGCUGGUCCGAACAUCAAAGAAAUGGAGCUGUUGCCGGAAGAGUUAGUGAAGAAUCAAUCUCUCUGGUUGCUCACCAAAUUUUUCGGCAAAUUAUACAAUCUCACGGAGCCCUCGGACAUGAAGAGAACCCAGUGGAACUCGAACGAAAAUUUCCUCGGGACUUACAGCUACCCAAGUCUCGAUACUGAGAAGCACAAUGCAACUGUUCUCGACCUUGCGAAGCCCGUAAUGUGUCGUAAUUGUAGCAGACCAGCUAUCAUGUUCGCUGGUGAAGCCACUGCUGAUAUCUAUGGGACUGUCAACGGGGCCAUUGGAUCAGGCUGGCGUGAAGCAGAGCGUAUUAUCAACUCCCAGAAAUCGAUCCAGUCCUUGAAAGAGGGAAAAAAGUCAAAGAGAUUUGUCAACAUUUAAGGCAUUAAAAGAAUUCUUUAUCCAUGAUACAGUAGAAGUGAAUUCGUAAUUCACGGAUAAGUACUAAUUUUUUCAUAUUCAACUUCAUUGUUCAUUGAAUGUCAACAAACGCAGCUGAAAACAACUGAUUCUCUCCACAAGAGGGAGUAAAAUUGCGGAAUGAAGUUAAAAUCAAUAUUUUCGUAUGUAAAUGAGAAAUUGCAGCUAAAUGAAUUCCAUUUUUCGUCCACAAAUUGACGAGUUUGCUCUUAAGGAAUGGAAGUGCUAAGAAAAUCGAGUCUCAUAGAAUAUUCAAGGGAUAUAAACAAUUCACUUGCAUGAAUCUAUCAUCCCCGGUUACAGGUAUUCCAAUGAAAAUUAAAAGCGGAUGUAAAAUUUUUCAUUUCUUCGAUGCGAACGUAUUUUCAUUUCUACAUAGAACUUAAUUAAGUUUGGAACGAAUUCAUGUAGAGGACUGAAAUUACGUUAGACGAAGCAUUUUUGAAGCUUUCAUCGAAAGAAAUUGUCGGAUAAAAUAGAAAUGAACUUUUCUGAACGCCAAAGGGAAUCGAAUUUCAUAAUUUUGUUCUCGUUCAGACGCUUAUUACUUAGAUGUCGGGGGAAUCCAAUAAAAUGAUGAGAAAUACGGGCAUCAAACUGGUGAACAAGAGAGAUUUUACGAAUGUCUUGAUGGAAACUACUUCGUUUAAGGAAGAAUAUCAAAAAAUCGGGGAAUGGUCUAUUGACAAUUAAAUUAUUCCGAAACUCUACUAUCGAGAACUAUUUUCACAAUAAUUGGCAUAACUGUUUUGGAAUUAUUCCCUCGUCUGCAUCACUGAAUUUGGAUGGAAUGUUCUACAGAAUUUGAGAAUGGAAUGCAAUUACCGAAUACUUUGAUGUCCAAAAAUUUCCAAAAAUAACUUCUCUCGAUAAUUUCGCAAUUAUUGUCAGAAAUGUGUAAUUAAUAUUGAACUCAACAUCAUUGCGAGAAAAUGACACAUGCGGGGCAAUGAACCUCACCGGCAAAAUCAAGCGCUGUCAAGCCAUUCUGAACCAAAAACUUCCAAAGUUCUGCUUACAUUAUAAGCGAAUGGGUGAUCGUAACUCAAUGAGAAGUUUUUACAAUAGCGUCAGAGAGAAGUUUGAUUCUUGUGGAGAAAGAGGAUUAUUUCAUCGAAGGAUGCACAACUAAAAACCUAAAGAAUUUACAUUCAGAAACUUUAAUCAAUUGUAAAUACAAAACCAAAACACUUUCGAAAUUUCAAGAUCCAAAGUAAGCGGCUAUCAAAAUUUAUAAAGUACUUUCCAGAAAUAAAUAUUCAAUUGUUGCUUCUUCUCUAUUAUAAAAUUUGUAUUGUAAAUUGAAAUUGAAAUUCUAGUUUGAUUUUAAGUCUUUCGAUUGUAUUUUAAAAAAAUUGAGAAUAUAGAAGAUUACUUUUGAGCAUACAA